UGUCCCUGUCACCCCCCCGCCGCCACGGCCCCUGUCCCCCCCGACGGCCCCUGUCCCCCCCCGGCCACCUGGCCGCAGGUGCUGCGUGGCAGGGUGACAUCGGCGGGGGGGACAGGGGGGAUAUAAGGGCCAGCCCCGCCGUGGCAGCGGUGUCACCGAGGAACCGGGCAGUUGGCAGCAGCGUCCCCCCGUCUCGCCGCGUCGCCUUGUCCCGCUGUGUCCCCGUGUCACCACUCGUGGAAGCAGCCAUGGCUCCCCGCUGGCCCUCCCUGCUGCUCCUCGCCUGCGCCCUGGCACUGCUGGCCGGGCGCCCCAGCACCGCUGGCCCUGCACAGCCCACCUACCCCGGGGACGACGCGCCCGUCGAGGACCUCGUCCGCUUCUACAACGACCUCCAGCAGUACCUCAACGUGGUCACAAGGCACCGGUACGGCAAGCGGUCGGGCGGCCGGGUGCUGUGCGAGGAGGCCUUCGGCGCCGUGGGGUGCUGAGCCCCCAGGGACAUUGUGGGUGAAGGGAAGCCGGGGGGCUGCUGCACCCGCAGCACCCGCAGCAGCACCCGCAGCAGCACCCGCAGCACCCGCAGCACCCGCAGCACCCGCAGCAGCACCCGUCACCCCGGGGCCAGGCUGGGCUCCCCAACAAUAAACCCCCCUG